UUUUUCGCAUAUAGAUUUCUAGUAAAAUUUUAGUUUCAAACAAGUUCUAUAUGUUAUUAAGAUUUGAAUGUUUCCUCUACUUGCAUAUCAAUGCAUGUGAGUUUGAGUUUCUUCAACAUUCAAUAUCUUAAGUUAGGCAAAACACUCUUAUCAACAUUUAUAUAAAGUUGAAACCUUCAUUUCCUCAUAUCCUAUUCAUCACCAUUGCUGGGUCAACACCUUCUGUGUAGCGCAAUUUACUGAACAUUGAACUCAAUAUCUAUAAUUCUCUAUUUUGCCAAUGCAAAUCUAUUGACAUCUCUCCCUCUCCAAGUUCUCAAGAUGAAAACUUCUUCCAUCCUAUCUUUCCUUCUCUCCUUUCUGAUCAUCGCCUUCCUCUUCUCAAUAUUAUCCUUGCCAAGAUAUGUCUAUGGUAAUGAACUAUACUCCAACUGUGCUCCUUUCAGCUGUGGAAACAUCACUCAUAUUAGCUACCCCUUUUGGGGAAACAACCAGCCUGAGUACUGUGGGAGGCCAGGCUUCAAGAUUGAUUGCAAGGAAGAAGUAGCAACUUUGGAUAUCUUGUCCCUCAAGUAUCAGGUCAUUGCAAUCAAUCCUGACACUCAAAUCCUGAGGAUUGCGAGACUAGAUCUACUGACUAGCAUUUGUCCUCGUCAAUACUUCAAUACCACAUUGAAUCUUACUCUCUUCAAUUAUACUUCUAAUGAUGUGGUGGAUGCCACCUUGUUCUACAAUUGUGAACUAUCACCAGAAUCUUUGGCUUUUAACGAAUUUAGCUGCCCCAUAAAUAACGUUCCUCGGGAUGCCUACUUGAUGGUGCCCACAGUUUCCAGAAAUGAAUUUUUGUUGGGUUGCAACAUUAGUAUUGCAAUUCCAAUCCUGGCGAGGGCUGUUCAGGGAUUGUUGCGAGCAGAGUUGACUGUUAUCCAAGUUCUAAAUCAAGGCUUUGAGGUUAGGUGGAUUCUGGAUCAAGUGCAAUGUGGAGAUUGUUUAAGGUCAGGUGGAAGAUGUGGAUAUAAUUGGACUGUGAAUCAAUUCAGUUGCUUCUGCCCUGACCAAGCUUAUUCCAGGACGUGUCCAAGCCCCAUGCCAUCAGGAAGCUUUGUUGAAUCCUGGAGAAACUACUUCAGGUAA